AUGGUCCUUAUUUUUGUAUCAUCUGAACGAUUUGAUGUAGCACUGGAGAUGAGCAUCAUAGCUAAACGUCAUUUUACUGCGGCUAAGAGAAGAUCGUCAACUGCUGAACUUCUUCAGAACAGACGACGGUCGUCCGUCUCAGAACUAGAGGACCUUAGAGCCAAUCACCAUCGUUGUGCCUACCAUAACAGAGAAAAUGCAAUCAACGAGUCAGGGGAAAGUCAAGAGGAAGACCAGACGGCAGAACUAAUAUCUAGCAUAAUGGAAAAUCCUUACGAUCAACUUAUCCGAGUAAUCGGCAAGAACAGCUUUCCAGAGAUUGCCAGAUCAGUCCAGAACUUCUUAGAUAACCAGGAACCGAUUUUGAACAAACAAAAACUUGUUCUGUAUCUGGAAACGAUCAAAACCCAUAGUGUACCCAUCAUAAAAGAAGUUAUGUCAGCAAUUAGACCAAGUGUUCUUUUUCCGAAGCAUUAUAAAUACAAACUCAUGUCUGAAUCCUUGAAAUCUGGUAAUCCUGGUGUCGUAGAUGUUGUCUGCGGACAUCUUCUCCCAAAGUCUAAGCUAUCUAAGGAGGACACCGUUCAAAUUUUUAAAGAAGCACUGGAGCUCAAUGAUCUGAAAAUUCUUCUCUCUAUAUGUGUGCCUUUGAAAAUGAAAAGAUCGAUUGAAAGAGACCAAGCUUAUCGUCUGCUUCUAAUGUCUAUCGGAACAAAGAAUUCUGCAAUUGUGGUUCAGGUCUUACGUGGAAUAAGACCAAAGAAAGUGUUAACUUCUCAACAAAAGUCCUAUCUUUUGACAUCGUCGAUUGAUACUUCUAACUUAGGAAUAGUUCAAAUCGUACUGAGGUUGCAUGACAAAAUACGUCAGGUUGAAAUUGAAAAUUUCUUGCACAAGGCUGUUCAAUCAACUCCUGAAAUUUUCUUACAUCUUGUUCAUGAACUGAAGCCAGUCUUCAAUGAUAGCACAUUGGAAGACCUGUUAAAUUCUGCUUAUGCUGCUUCUGGAAACAGAGAUAUUACACGCAAUAUUAUCCAACAUUUCCCUCCUCCAAGUGAUAUUGCUAAACGCUUCCUGGAAAUGUUCAUUCGAGCAGACGAUGUAGUCUUGAUUAUCGUACUUCUAGCCCAUGUCUCCAAACUGUCGGCUGAAGAAGUACAAGGCAUUGUUGUUUUGUCUUUGAGGACUGGUACAAAUCUGUUCAGAUACUUCAGUGGAAUACAUGACUGCCCCAGUGAAAAAAUUUCAGAAAUAAUUGAGGAACAGUUUGAACAAAGCAGAAGGAGCUGCUGUUCUUCAAAUCGCUGUGUAAAUCAAACAGACGACAAUUCAAUGUGGGAACUCAUUGUCCACGUUCUACAGUCCUUGCAAUGUUCAGUAUCAAGAAUUUGGGAAAAGCUCUAUCAAAAAUUCGCUCAAUCUGGAAAUACUGAGACUCUAAGACUAUUGAAUCUUUCUUCAACAGAUAAUCAAGAAAAUGUUGUACUACAUGUACUUGAAAAUCUCUCACGCCACCCAUUAAAAAAUGAAGUCAUUGAAGUCAUGUUAGUCCCAAUUCUAAAACCAACAAAAACAUUCCUUGCACAUCUUGAAAAGCUUUUCAAUUCUGGCAAUUUUGAAGAAGCUUCGAUUGAAGUAAUUCAGAAGUAUUUACUAAACUUCCAGCAUCAUUCUGUACAUAUGGUAACUGAGCUUUGAAGAUAAAUGUUUAACAAUUCAAGAGAAGCAUCUAUAUGUCAAUCCAAAAACUUGCAAAUCUAUGUAUACUCUAUAUUUCAAUCA